UAUAAACUUUUUUCCUUUUUCUCCUAUAUAUCAAGGGGCCCCACUAGGCCACUACUGACUACCAUAGUAUAAACUAAACGAGACUUACCCUUUUACACAUGGACACACAAAUAGUGCUAACUACUAUCGUUUCAUGUCCAGCACACACGCUAGCAUUGCCAAUGUAAAGACGACUCCUCCCCCCGACAAAAAAAUGCUGAGCCUCCUCCACGCCAAGCUCCGCCGUCUCUGCCACCGCCUUCGGUGGCCUCUCCGCCUCCGCCACCGCCGUUCCUCUGACUCCAAGGUCGUCGUCCAGCAAUUCGGCAAAUCCCUUUCCAACCACGACGUCGCCGGCCCGCAACCGCCCGCCACGAACGGAUCCUCGUCCACCGUCCACCCGAACAACCACCCGAAUGACUCGAAGCUGCCGCCGCCGCUGUCGCCGAAGUCGAUCCGCAUCGCGACAUUCAAUGCGGCGCUCUUCUCCAUGGCCCCCGCCGUCCCAAACCCGGAGAAAUCGUCGAGCCUUGAUUUCGACAGCGAGGGCGUGGUCGUCAAUCUCCGCGCCAAGUCGGCCCAUCUGGACCGUCCGAGGGGCAUACUCAAGCAGUCUCCCCUGCACCCGAUCAACGGCCAGGAUCACCUUACGAAGCAGCAGAAGUUCGCGAGAUCGAAGCUCCGGGUAUCCAUCAACCUGCCGGACAACGAAAUCUCUCUGCUCCGCAGCCGGAGGAAUCUGAGCUUCACCGAAUCGUCCGCCGCCGCCGAACCUCCUCUUCCUUCUUCUUCUCCUCACUCCUCGUCUUCGGCCUCGGCAUCAGCCUCGAUUGGUCGAAUCUUCAAAGGGAAAGCCCCGGCAACGGCGAGGUGGAGCUUCGAGAAUGGCGGGGGCGGCGAUUCCCACAACGGCCGGCAGGCGUACAGGAGCACGAGGACGGUGGUGGAGGUGCUGCGAGAGCUGGACGCGGACAUAGUGGCGCUGCAGGACGUGAAGGCGGAGGAGGAGAGGGAGAUGAAGCCGCUGUCGGAGCUGGCGGCGGCGCUGGGGAUGAGCUACGCGUUCGCCGAGAGCUGGGCGCCGGAGUACGGGAACGCCGUCCUCUCCAGGUGGCCGAUCAAGCAGUGGAAGGUCCAGAAGAUCUUCGACGACACUGAUUUCAGGAAUGUGCUGAAGGCAACAAUAGAAGUGCCUCAAGUUGGGGAAGUGAACUUCCAGUGCACCCACCUGGAUCAUCUGGACGAGGACUGGCGGAUGAAGCAGAUUGGCGCCAUCAUCCACUCGAGCGACUCCCCCCACAUCUUGGCCGGCGGCCUCAACUCUCUUGACGAGACCGAUUACUCGCAGGAGAGGUGGACUGACAUCGUCAAGUACUAUGAGGAGAUGGGAAAACCAACCCCAAAGGUUGAAGUCAUGAGGUUUCUGAAGAACAAGCAGUACACAGAUGCUAAGGACUUCGCCGGAGAAUGCGAGUCCGUGGUCGUCAUUGCCAAAGGACAGAGCGUGCAAGGGACGUGCAAAUACGGCACGAGGGUGGACUACAUACUGGCGUCACCAGAUUGCCCAUACGAGUUUGUUCCCGGGUCGUAUUCGGUACUGUCAUCGAAAGGGACAUCGGAUCACCACAUCGUGAAGGUCGACGUAACGAAAUGCGCAAUCAACACUCCCUGCGAAAGCAACAGCAACGACAGCAAAGUUGCGAAGAAAACGCGACGGCAGCGUAAGCACCACCAGGCGGUUGUAAAGAUCACAGGCACAGCUCCUCCUUCAAAGGGUAUAUGGAAAACGAACACAUUAAGCAAAGUCCAAUGAUAUUAUCCGCAUUUCUUCUUCUUUUUCUUUCCACUCUUUUCUUGGCUGCUGCUAUGGAGGCUUGAGUGAUCUCGGGCAUUCUUUCUCUCUUCGAUCUCUCUGCAAAUCUUCGAUUCUUUCGUGCAUCUUGUCUUCUCUUUUUAAGUUUAGAGUUGAAGAGGAGGGUUCUGGUGCGAUGGCCUAAUCACAUCUGUAUGGAUUUCGACACGGCGGAGUUGAUUUCUUACGUUUCGAGCAGGGGUUGGAGCUGAGUGGUUCUGGCGAAUUCUUUUGACCGUUUUAUGCAUUCUUUUGGCUUGUGAUCUUGACUGCAAGAUUCAGAUUAGUUGUGUUUUUGAGGGCGACAUCUUAAGUUGACUUUUGCUGAGGUCGAGGUUAGAGAGUGCAAUAGUUGUAUCUUAGGCGUAAUUGAAAGAUGAAUAGUUUUUAGAUCAGAAGUCCUUAGAAUAAAAAUUGCAAAUUUCGAAAA